AUGGCACCCAACCCCCUCGGUCUAUCCCGCGAGGAUCCUCACCCACCGUCCCCAGUCGAGAAGACUGUUUUCGAUCUCCUGUGCACCUACCUCCCGCCCGACUCUUCCCUAACAGCCAUCGAAGCAGCGAAGCAACUCCACGACGCCUUCCCAAGUACCCCACCCAAGCCCCGAGAUGACGAUGAACUGUACCGACCGGAAACACUCAAGCAGUUCCUCUUUGAGCUGUGGGAGAUGAUGUUCCGCAUUGUACCUCAACUGCACUGGCGCGGGGAACCCAUGCAACGGUUCAUAUCCCUCCUGCAAGCAAUGGAAUCGUUACCAAAAAUCCCGGUCAAAGAUGAGGACCAGGAGACUGGGUAUAAAGAGUGGUCGCUCCAUGGCUAUUUUAUAUGUGGUUUGGAUGAGCGGUGGCGUCAGAUCAGUGCCCCCGAAGAACUGGGCGAUAAGUGUGACUUGAAGCUCCGAAAUUUCAACGGACUUCUGGCCAAUUUCACCAAUUGUGGCAUUUAUACGCCGUGGGAUUAUGAAGCUUUGCUUAGCAUGAUGUCGCUAGAGACACAUCAGAGGAUAGGUCACAAGGUCCUACUGAACAGUACCAUCCCGACUGCGACGGUUUGGUUCAUUUUGUCUGCGCCCGCUAUCUAUACGGCUUGCCAGGAACGGACAUGUGCUGAUAAGAAGAGGACCCGGGGACGCUUGUGGAAGGCGGAUCAGUUGCAGGGUUUCUCAAUUCCACGGUGGAAGUUCUGGAGACGUCGGUUGGAAGAAGUGAAGAGCCAUGCGGAUGGGACGGAGGAGUUUAGGACACUAUGUCAGGAGGCGAUGGAUGCGAUGGACAGGUGCGAGGAGGCGUGA